UCAUUGCCCACCGCCGGCUGCGAGACACCGCAUCCAUGCUCCACGUCCACCUAAAGCUCCACCCGCCCGUCGUGUCGCCCAAAGUCCAAAGACAACUCGUCACUGUUUCCCCCGUUACGCCGCCCGCUCGCUUCGCGGCCCGCCGACUGCGCUUCACCGUCACUGCACGCCUCACCGCACUGCUCCGCGCCAAGCCUCGUCGAAACCACCAAAACACCACAGAUAACGCUCUCGUCGCCAGCCCCGCCUUUGUAGUGUAUGGUCGCCGCUAGCGGCGAUCCGCCCCGAGCGCCCAAUUGCGCCCGUCAUGAGUGCAAUACUGACAGACAGGCAAGCCGAAGAACUGAACAAGGCCAUAGUGGCGUACCUGGGCGUCAUAGGCGCUUCCAAGACCGCCGAAGCCUUUCGGGAAGAGGCGAGCAUACCAGCCAGCUUCGACGAUGCCACGCGGAAGAAGUAUGAGGGGCUGCUGGAAAAGAAGUGGACCAGCGUAGUGCGGCUGCAAAAGAAGGUCCUCGAGCUUGAACAGCGGAACACAAGCCUCCAAGGCGAGCUCGACUCCACGACCCCCACGUCGCUCCUCCGUAAAAACCAGGACCCAACCAGCUGGCUACCCAGAGCCCCGGCGCGCCAUACCCUCCAGUCACAUCGCUCGCCUAUAACUUGUGUUGCCUUCCACCCAAUCUUCUCAUCCCUCGCUUCGGGCUCCGAGGACACGACAAUCAAGAUAUGGGACUGGGAAAUGGGCGAGUUGGAACGGACAGUGAAAGGGCAUACCAAAGGCGUGCUAGAUGUUGAUUUUGGCGGACCGAGAGGAGGAACACUACUCGCGUCAUGCUCCAGCGAUCUGACCAUAAAGCUUUGGGAUCCGUCGGACGAAUACAAGAACAUUCGCACGCUUCCUGGACACGAUCACUCUGUUUCCGCCAUCCGAUUCAUUCCUAGCGGAGCCGCUGGUUCGCCGUCAUCGGGUAAUUUGCUCGUUUCAGCAUCUCGAGACAAGACUUUAAGGAUAUGGGACGUCACAACAGGAUAUUGCGUCAAAACCAUUCGAGGACACGUAGAUUGGGUGCGAGACGUCGCUCCGAGUUUCGAUGGCCGGUGGCUGCUGUCUGCGGGAACCGAUCAGACUGCGCGUCUGUGGGACGCCAGCUCUGGCGAAGCGAAAUGCACUUUCCUGGGCCACGAACACGUCGUCGAGUGCGUCGUAAUAGCACCACCGGUAUCGUAUGCGAAUCUCACCGCGCUUGCUGGUCUCAAGAAGGCCCCGCCCCUCAGCAGCUCCGCCGAAUUCAUUGCCACGGGCUCACGAGACAAGACGAUAAAGAUCUGGGACGGGCGAGGAACGCUCAUUAAGACGCUGAUCGGCCACGACAACUGGGUUCGCGGGCUCGUUUUCCAUCCAGGUGGACAGUAUCUUCUUUCCGUUAGCGACGACAAGACGAUACGCUGCUGGGAUCUUAAGCAAGAGGGUCGUUGUGUGAAGACGGUCUCGGACGCACAUUCGCACUUUGUGAGCUGCAUACGAUGGGCGCCAAAUGUCGUCAAGGACGUACCCACAAACGGAGACGCAGCCAACGGUGCGGCGGUGAACGGCGUGAACAAAAAGAAAGAAGAAGACGCAGCCAAAGCUGGGAUACGAUGUGUGAUCGCGACCGGAAGUGUGGAUCUCAACGUUCGAAUAUUUGCGUCCUGAUUUGGACGCAAUGCAACACUCACUUUGCGCAUCAACGCGCUUUCACUUACAUCGAAGCCUGUUUUUGGAGGUCUUCGAGACCCCUAAUAUUCCCUUGGUGGACUAUCUGCGGCUUCUUUUCACGUUGAUGACCCUCCCCGGAUUCAUGUAUGCAUACCCAGUUCGCAUUGCGCAGCGGCGUCUUCCAGUUGGCCAGCAUAGAAGGGCGUUACCGGAGGUGGAGGGAUGAUUUAAGGGAUUGGCGUAUGGGGGACGAUGGGUGGAGAGAUAUCCAUGGCUCUGUAGAUGCUGUGCUUCAAUAUUCACUUCACGUCAACUUCA